AAGGGAUGUGGAGGGAGGCAAAAAUCAAAACCACUAAUAGUUAAUAACUAAACAUAAUACAUAGAUAACUAAUAAUAUACAAAUAUUGAGAUUUAUUAUUUAAUUGUCUCAAACUAGUAAUAAAUCAAUAUCAAUACCAAUACCAAUUCAUUCAGUAGUUUUAGUAUUAAUUUUAGUUUAGUUUAGUUGCGUACGGUUUAGAUCACAUUAUAGUCGGAUCAAUUAAGUUGUAUCAUUGAUAGUAUUAAUUUUAAUUUUAAUUUUAAUUUUAAGUGUAAUUGAUAUUAUCAGUGAUUGAGAAAGAAAAGUGAAAACAACAUACAAAAUGUCUCGCACUAUGAGUAGUUCAGGUUCAGUUACUCAAGAAUUGAGUUCAGGGACUAGUAAUGAAAGAGUUAUUAAGCUUAGUAAUGGAGAAGAAUCUUUAGUGAGAAGAUCAUCAACAAAGGAUGUAACUAGAAAUGCUGGUUUAACUAAUUUAUUCUUUGAGAAUAGUCAUUUAUCAAAAUCUCAUGCUGCUAUUAAGUAUAUGGAUGGAGAAUUUUAUUUAAAGGAUUUACAAUCUACUUUUGGAACUAUUUUAAAUGGUGAUUAUAUUUUUAGUAAUAAGUACUUUAAAUUAAAAUCAAAUGAUGUGGUUGGUUUUAUUAUUUCAAAACCAUCAUCUUCAAUAGCAAAAAUUUAUGAGAAAUUUGCUAAUGAAGAUGUUAGUAUUAUUCCAUUAUCAGAAUUUAAUUGUCCUCAAAUUGCUCUUGAAUUUACUAUUGUGAUUGAAAAUGAUAUUAUUAAAUUCUUACCUUUGAGUGAAAAGCCUGUAUCACGUAAAUUCACUUUAUCGGAAGUAGAUGAAACUGCCGUAGAAAGUCCUGAAGUUGAAGAUGUUGAAGAUAUUGAUGGUUCCAAUGAUAAAGAAGAAGUGGUUGAAGAUAAAGUCAUUGAAGUUAAUGAAGAAGAGGAUAACGAUUAUGAUGAGGAAGAAGAAGAAGAAGAUGAUGAUACCUUAAAUGAAGAUGCCUAUUAUUGUCGUGGAAUGGCUGGUACUGUUCCUUUAUAUGUUCCUCUGUGUUGUGUUUCUAGUCAUGAUGAAGUUGAAAAUGACGAAUCCAAUGAGUCUAAAACAUUAAUCAUUGAUAUUGUCGACAGAGAAGAUGAACAAGAGGAUGACGACGACGACGAAGAAGAAGACGAAGAAGAAGAAGUUGACGACGAAGAAGAUGAUGAAGAGGAUGAGGAUGAAGAUGAAGAUGACGAAUCAGAAGAAGUUGAAGAUGACGAAUCAGAAGAUGAAGAACAGGAAGAAGAUGAACUGAGUGAUGACACUGAAGUAGAAGAAUUAGUCAAAUGUGAUACUUCUAAUCUCUUUAAUAAUCCAGAUUGUGAAGGAGCAUAUUAUAAUGAAAACGAUGGCAAGUUCACUUGUUAUAUUAGAAGAUCAAAAUUAGUUAACUGUUUUGAUGAUAGUGAUGAUAAUAGCGAUUCUAAUAGUGACUCUCAAGUCUACUCAGAAAGUGAACUAGAAGGCGACCUUUUAACUCUUUCAUCAUCAGAAUCUGAAGAAGAAGGAGAAGACGAUGAAGGGGAUGAGGAUUCUGUAUCAUUUUCAAGUUCUGAAGAAGAAAGUAUUCUGCUUCCACCAUUCAGACUUGAUUCAUUAUCUGACUGUGAACUGUCUUCCAACAGGAAGAGAUCAUAUGAUGAGAUGGAAGAGAAAUUUGAAAUACCAUGGCAUGUAUUACAAUCAAUUGAUAAUAAACUUAGAUCAUCGAAGGUAUCACAAUCCAUUGAUGAUAAACUUGAAUCAUCAGAUGUGGUUGAACCAUUAAGGAAGAAAGAGAAAAAAUCUCCUAAUUCAAGUAUAGUUAAAACUAUAGCCAAGGAAGCUGCUAAGGGUCUUGGUUAUGCAGUAGCCACUGUAAUAGCUUUAGGAGUUUAUGGAAGUACUAUUGCUCCUUCUCAAAAGUAACUAUAGAGUUUUCUUUGAUACCAUUUCUCUUAUCGCCAUCUAUUCUAUCUCUAUCUUUUUGUUUAUUAUAAUGCUUUUUUUUAUUAUCUCUUUAUCUCUUUUUGUUCUAUUUAUUCAAGUUUCAUGGGUCUUGUUCAUUUCAUGGAUUGGUUGUAUUUUGGCUUGAUUGCGGUUUGAAGAAUAUGUUAAUCUGUUUUUGUUUAUUGGUCUUAAUUUGUUAUUACUGAAAUGCCAGUAGCUUUUUAUAUAGUUUGUUACCAUAUAUUAAUACAAAUAGUAAAUCUAAAUCUA